AUAAUGCUCAAAAAAUAUCUCUCGUCGUAUUAUUCUAACGAAUAAAUAAGAUCCAAGAAAAUCAAUCUAAAGCCUAAACUAGACUUUUAAGGAUUCACUAAAGCAAGUAUUAUUAUUGUAGCACCUUAGAAUUCAUUAAUUAAGAUUUAACUUAAAGAACCAUUGAUUAUAGUUCUCCCAAAAUUAAACUCAAUUUGGGGUCCAUUGAUAAUCAACAUCCUCCAAUUAUUAAGCCUCAAACUAAACAGACUAAUUUAAGUCUAUAUGCACAAUAAAUAUUGUCUAGUAAUUAAGUAAAUUCAUCAUAGAGAAUAAUAAUCAAUCUUCCAUUGACAAUACACCUAAGAAAGGAUUGGAUCUACUCAUAACAAAGAGAGAUGAAGCAUAUAAAUAUAGAUCUGUUUCAUAAACACAAAGAAAUCAAUUAAUUAAGCGAUAAAGUAGUGAAGAAAAAUGUAAAUCAAGUGAACGAAUCAAAGUCAUAGAUGUAUUUAAUUAAAGCCCUAAACAUAAUAAAUAACCAACAUCCUAUUAAACAUAUAUAACAAGCAAAGAAAUACUGAAAGUUAAACUUAAAUAACAACAACAGAACAUACAAAGCAAAUCAUCCAAGAUCUCCAUUCAUAUUGUAACAUUUUAUAUACUAUUAUAGAAUAAUGCCUAACAGUAAUAAUGUAUUAAAUAACCUAUCUCAAGUAGACUUAAUGAGUCUAGAGAUAUACUAUCUUAGAUGAGAAGGAACUCAAUAAAUACAUAAAAGUUGAAUAACAAUCCAGAUCGAGAAGGAGUCAUCACACAAAAGAAAAAAUAUUUCUUUAACUCUCCUUAAAACAACGAUUCUAUGGGGUUUGAACACGACAGUAAGAGUAACCUCUAAGUGGCUCGCAAUCUUAAAAUUGAACUUGAAAAAGUAGAUAAUGAAAACAUUCUCGAAUUAUUGUUACUCUCCACUCAAGAACUAAAUAAUAAAUUUAACAAGAAGAGCCAACUCAUAAGAAAUGAAUCAGAAGAAAAAAUACCCAUCAAAAUUAGAGUCAGAGCGGGUAAUAAAUUUCCUAAAGACUUUUUUUAAUGA